CACCCCUCCAGCAGCUGAUGCGCCUCCCUGGCACUCUGUCUCCCUGUUGUCUCUCCAUGGCCGUGUGCGCACAGGUGCCCGUGUCCUGGUGUCUGCAGGACUUUGGCGAUGAAUGAACUGCUGUGCGGCGGUCUUUAACCUGACAGCGCUCGUUUUCAAGCGGUUCAGCCAUGGCAAAUGUACGAGGAGUAACCAGAAGUGAUAUCUGGGUGAAUUUCACCGAUGUGUACCCUUCGUCUGCUGGAGAUGAGCCAACGCGCUCUCCCGAGGACUUCUUGGGGAGUGUGGCCGGAGAGCGGUUAAAAGGCAGCACAGGGCGCGUUGAUGCCACUCUCUGGGCGACAGGUGCCGUCCCCGCCUCUCUAAAGGAGGAUUUUUGGGAUUCUCCCCUGAACCACUGGAUUAACGUGUUUGUCGGCUGCGUCCUCUGCUUCACCAUGCUAGGUCUGGGCUGUACAGUGGAGGUGAGCCAGUUUGGGGAGCACAUCAGGAGACCCAUUGGAGUCUUGCUGGCCCUCAUCUCUCAGUUUGUCAUUAUGCCCCUGGUGGCCUUCCUCCUGGCGCUUAUCUUUUCGCUGAACGAUGUGGCUGCCAUCGCCGUGCUCCUCUGCGGCUGCUGCCCUGGAGGGAACCUCUCCAAUAUAAUGUCUGUCUUGGUGAAUGGAGAAAUGAACCUCAGCAUUAUAAUGACAAUCUCAUCCACGGCGCUGGCUCUCUUCCUCAUGCCGCUCUGCUUGUGGCUUUACAGCCGAGCCUGGAUUAACAAACCUGUGGUGAAGCUCAUGCCAUUUGGAGCCAUCAUUCUGACCCUGUGCAGCACCCUGAUUCCUAUUGGACUGGGGGUUUUAAUCAGACACAGGUACAGCAGAGCGGCUGACAUCAUCUUGAAGAUCUCCUUGUGGUCGAUGCUGAUCACUUUGGUCCUUCUCUUCAUCCUGACCGGUUCCAUGCUUGGACCAAAGCUACUUUCCACUAUCCCUCCCUCGGUUUACAUGGUAGCAGUCCUGAUGCCCUUUGCAGGCUAUUUAUUAGGAUAUGGCCUGGCUGCCCUUUUCAAGUUGCCUCCAAACUGUCGGAGAACAGUAUCCCUGGAGACGGGUUGCCAAAAUGUUCAGCUAUGCACCGCCAUUCUAAAGCUUGCUUUCCCACCUCAUAUUAUAGGCAGCAUCUACAUGUUUCCACUGCUUUAUGCCCUCUUUCAGUCAGCCGAGGCAGGUCUCUUUGUCCUAGGGUACAAGGUAUACCGGAGAGAUGUCCUUCAUAAACAGGAAGAACCUGAUGAGGACGAGGACACAGAUAUCACUUAUAAAAAGCUAAAGGAGGAGGAGAUUUUGGGGGAUGCUGCUUACGGUUCAGUGACUGUGUGUGAGCACAACUUUGGCAGCAGUGAAGCGAGACAGAGUGAAACACAAAUGUAGUGUCUAGCGGCAGGCCGCAGGCUGAAUGGUGCAUUACUGGACCAUUACCACAGAUGCUGCUACUCACAGAUAAAAUCUCAGCACACUCAAGGGUUCCUUCAUCUUACUGUGAUUGUCACUGAUUCAGUUUCAUGAGCUUCAGUGAGACCAUGGCUUUUAUCAUUAGUCACAGGUCAAAUACUGGUAUUAUGAAAUGCUGUUGCUAAUGCCUUAGAGUGUAACUGUGUAGGUUUUGCAUCAUGAGUGCACACAUUGUGUCUGUCACACAUGCAGAGGACAAAAAAAGUCCUUCUGACUGGAUCCACAGGCCUUUCAUUCAUUCAUUCAUGUUUAGAGUGCCAGAAGCAUUUUACUGACUAUCCAUUUUUCCCGUUCGUCACAGACAUAGCCCUAUGUGUAACAUAUUGUUGUCUGAUAAACCUCGACUAAACACAGGACAGGAAAAUGACUGCCUUAAAGGUGUCAUGGAAAUACCAAUGGAAUAGUCCCACUUUUGUUCUGAUACAUAUAAAUUCAGCUCUUACUUGGUAUUUAAAAACAUAAUCUGUGUUUUUUUUACAAUGUAAUUGGAGAUGUGAAAUAUUCACAAUAAUUAUUAUGUUUGUUUUUUUUUUAACUGAUGAGUUAAAAAGAAAUGGGGAAAUGACAUCUGCUGAAAACAUCACCUUUGAAAUAUUUUGGAGUCAUCCUGUAAAACAAGGGUGAUGCUUAACUAUUACCCAGCACUGAGAGUUUACUAAAACUAAUAAUUUCAUAACCUUUCAGAACAUACUGAAUGGCAGAAAUGUCAUAGCUUCAUGUUCAUAGAAGAAAAAAGUCUAGCAUGUAACGUUCUACAUAUUUACAACAUGAAUUUACCAAAAUAUAUGAAAGAUGCAAUAGCAUUAGUGUACUUGAAAAGUUUGAACUGUAAACAUUCAAAGACCUUUGGAGCGAAAUCAAAAUUCACAAAAGUCUUUCUUAAAUUCAUAUGCCCAGCUCUUUGAACAUGUUGUUGCUGGUAUCAGCCGUAUAAACUUUGAACUUUAAGAACUAGAAACUUGAAUAGUCGGAGUUCACUGAACAGUUGUUUAGUGCUUAAUAUUAACAAGUGCAAGUCCACAAAAUGUCAUAAGAAUCAGUCCAUUCAUUUCAACAGUGUUCACAAAAUCUUUAUCAUGCACGCAAACACACAGUCAAUGAUAUUUCCAAAAAUGCCCAACAUAGUAUAGGAAUAGCAGAAGAUGUUUCUCUGUUGGAAAGUUGACUUUUUCAUGAAAACAAGUCUUUCAAUAUGAAAUAUGGAAAAAGUAAAAAAAAAAUGCACAAUGAAGAAUUAAUGUAAUGAAACAGAUCAAAUAUUUGCUAUGUAUAUCAAUUUAUUAAGUUUACUUUUAUUUAUAUUUAUCUAUUUCAAAAUGUAGGCUGUCCUGACAAGAUCAGGAACAGGGCAGCAACCAAACACAUUUGGGCACUAAUCAAUUAUAAUGAACAUUCAAACUCAGUUAUACUGGGUCAGAUUGCAGUCACCAGUUAACCUAAACCGCACAUCCGGGUCACAGGGAGGACAUGCUAAAUCCACAGAGACUGUGAACAUUCUGAAAUUUGAACCUAGGAACUUUAAAGCUGAGAGGAAACAGUGUUAACAACUAUACCACCACAAUGGCCAAAUUUACUUUGGUAAUUCAGAUAUUAAAUUAUGUAAGAAAAUUUAAAUACCAUACAAUAAGUUUUCAAAAAAACGGCCAGAAAUGAGACAAAGGUUAGUUGUGGAUUUAUGAGUUUAAAAAAGUAUAUUAGUGUUUCAGUCUUCAUAAAUAUGUAUCUUUUACCUAAGUGAUAUUCAAAUCAAGAAUAAUUUCUUUAAGCCACAGUCCAUUGAAAUACUUGUCUUAAUUAGUCAUUGUUUUAAUACACGUAACAUUGGAUUAUUAUUAUUGCCUGUAACAUAUUCUUAUGUAUUUUGUUUUAUGGUUUGUAAGGUGCGAUUGACAUAAGUGCUGUUGUUUCAUGUAACUAGUGUAACUAACUUUUGACAUCAAACAAAAGGGAAGUUCACCUUGUUGAUAGAGGGACUCAUUUCAGUACUCACAGGUGUAUAUGUUUGUACUGCUGCCCACUACACCAAACUUAUCGAACAUCAUUACUCAUCUUACAUGGUUGUCUGACACACAACACUCCUUCCUAAUGCUGCACUACACGUGUCUAUAAUUAUUUUCCAGUAACUCAGCAAUUAACUAUACAUCCAGUAUAUGCUGCAAAUAAAUAUAUCCUCAAACCUGCUGACCCCCAAUUUGGGGUCAUAAACAGCUGAACAUAUCACAGCAGCACUUGCUUCAAGGUAGAAAGCUGCCCAAAACAAGGUGCAAGUGCAUCAUAGAAAUCAGUAAUUGUUUCUGUAACAAAAUGUUUUGAAAGCAAUAUAAAUGGAGAACUUGCCUGUAUGUUAAACUACUAGUGAUCCACUUUGUUUUACCUAUGUUGAAGAAAAAAAGCAAAAGCUGCUGGUUCAUCAUGGCUCCUGUGCAAAUCAAAGAAAAGAUAAGACUUGUGUUGAAAGGAAGAAGGUCUUUUUUAUUUGAAUAGAAAUGUUAUAAAUUCAAAGGCUUUUUUGCUAAGAAAUGUAAAAUGGACAUACAAACCAUUCUUAAGAGCACUGAGUUUUAGUACAUUUUAUUUCAUAUUGAAAAAGAAUGUUGUGAGUCAAAAAUACAAACUAUUAAAAUCUAUGCAAUUGAUAUAAAAAUAUUCAUCCAUUUUCUAAACCUGCAUAUCCAGAGCAAUUGCAGUUGCUGAGUGUGAUAUGCUCUAUAACUUGUCAUGUGCCAUUAGUCUUGGAUUGACUGGUGAUUCCAAAUUGGCCAUACUGGAGACCAUCUGCAUGUAUAAAUGAACCCUGAGAUGGACUAGCUGUCUCCUUCAUUGGUUCCUGCCUUGAAACUGACACUGCUAGAAUAUGCCCUGGUCCCCACAACCUUGAUUUGGACCAGGUAGGUGAUGAGACAUUAUCUUAUUUUUCCCAUCACAUAUGUCACAGACUUGGAAGUAUUUGCAUCCUUUGUGCUGCUUCAAACAAUCAGUCUGCUAAUUCCAGUGUGAAUCACCUUUUAAAAUAAACAUCCAAGUAAACAGUGAAACUUAAAAAAAAUGGUGGAAAACAUCAUCAACCUUAAGGGCUGGAACUAAAUGUCUUAGCAGUGUGCUACUAAUUGUAAAGAAUACUCUUAAAAUCCAUCUUAAACUUUUAUUAUAUUCAAAUGUGUUUCAGUAUUGUAGAAUUGUUUAUUUUGGAUGAGAUGUGUGAAAAAUGUUCUACAGCAAGUAAAAACACAGCAAAUGCUGUUCAGAAUCUACAGUACAUGUGGAACUUGUAAAUGGAAGGAAGCCAGUGGCUGAUGUUUCACAGUAGCACUGGAGAGAACCAAUUUCAAAAAAUGGAUGAACCUGAUGGUAGCAAGAGGUCUUCUCUGCAAAUACACUGAGUGAUGACACAGUAGAGUGUGUGGACAACUGAGUCUGAAUAAAAUAUUGCUCUGUGAAUGGUUGGAUGAAAACUUGCUUUUGAGUUACUUGUAAUGUGUCCUUCACUCUCUGUGAAUUCCCCUAGUCAUGUGUAUACAAAAUGUGAAGUAGUGGAAAACACACAAACAUGUAAUAACAUUGACAGAAUGACAGCUGCAAAAUAUGGAUCUGACUUGUGCAAAUCUGUCUGCUGGCUGAACAAUUUGGAGGACGGGCAGAACACCUAGCAGCCAUGUGAUGAAAUAUUCAUUUAGGCAGCACUGACCUCCAAAGUGGGGAAGUACCUGAAGAUUUGGACCCUUUUUCUAUUCUGGGGACUUACACAACUGUGCUGUCUUUAAUCACUGAGAGUUUAAAUUGGAAUUCUACAGUAACAUAAGCUCGUUAUGUGUUUAUUCAAUAAAAAAAAGUAAUGGUGGA